GAGUUAGAUGACAACAAACCACAAGUCGUUCACAAAGGCAUGGAUUACGAGACCCUAAAAAUGAGGAUCGUGGAUCUGACGUCACAACGCGAUGCUGAGAAGGUGUUUCACAGAAUAACUCGAGAAUCCCUGAGAGCCCUAGAGAGGGACCAUGACCGACUACGUCAGGAGUUUAUCCGGGCCACCUACAGGAGAGAUAACAACUCCACCAGUGACAGAGGAUUUCGGCAACGGUUGAUUGAAUUACUGAAUGACAACACAGAAUCAUUUAGUGGCGGCAUCAGGCGAGAUAAGCAAAAGAAAAAACGUCAAGACGAUUUCGCCAGACAUGAAGAGUACAUGCCCCUUUCUUUGCAGUUAGACAAGACAGUAGCCGCCGCUAAGGAAGGCGUUAUCUCCGAAAGACAAGAGAGUUCCAGUAAGGGGAGUAAACUCUCAGACAAACAAAAGAUUUCUACCAGGUCAAGACAUACCCCAUCAUCACUACUUACAAGGGAUCACACGUCAAGAGCUGAAGAAAUAACGUUACCUCCAGAACUCGCCCGGAAAGUGGAGUCCUUAAAAGCAUCACUCCGCAAGCGGAAAUCAAAUCCUGUUGGCAGCGAUCCAUCUUUGGACAAAACAGUACUUCCUGUGCCGACAGCUAAGGAUGGCGUGUUGGCAAAUUUGGGUAAAAGAGGCGCAGGCAACAAACAAUCUAAAACCCUGAACCCCACGGAAAACCCUAGCUGCGAUUACACAACGAUAUACGGCACUUGGUUGGGUGACAUCUGUGAAGAACCUGACGAGCAAGAAGAAGCGCAUGUAAAUAGGAUCGUUUCAGAACCAGUUACAACCGAAUCCAAAUCAAGUGUGGCGCUAUCCGAUGAUAAUUUUUAAUAGCCGUCAGAACAAAAUAAAAAUAAAAUUUUGUCUUAGCCUGGAUUUUAAGAUAUUACAGUUAUAUUUCAUUAAUUAUAUCUGUUUUAAUAAUCUGUA